CAUAAAUUGCAAAAACAGAUCACUCUGGAGUCCGAUGUCAACAGAAUGUGUAAUUUAGCCUAAACACAAAAAGAAUUAGGCACACAAAAAGUGUUUCAAGCGAAAAUUAAGCAGGUUUUAAGUAAAACAAAUCUGUAAAUUCUUGCCAACUUCACCCAUAUUUGGUUUUUGUUUAGCAAAAAAAGUAGUGUGUAGUUCCAGUAGUUAGCUACACCACAUGUCAAAAAGUAAUGAAGUACUGAAAACACUACCAAGAUUUGAAUUUAGUUACACUACCACCAAGGUACUGUAAAAUGUCAUUACAUUUCGAGUUGAAUUAAAUAUAGUUCACUACACUGGCCCGUGCACAUGACAUGGUUCUCACAACUAGGGGAAGUGAAAUGAUAGGCUAUGACUUUGAUCAUGAUGCACGCCGCAAAUUAUACUGUAUGUACUGGUAUCAACAACCUGAACGCAUCGGAUACGAAAAAACUAUAGAAAUGUAACAACAGCACGAAAUAGAUACAUCCGUAAAAAAUAAAUGUGCGGAUGCCUUUUCAUUAUCGGAUAGAUGCUUGAGAUUUCUAGAUGCACCAAUCAAAGCAGUAGCCUCGUAUGAACCAUCCUGAUCUCACGAGCUCACAUUCUGUUUCUCUACACGAAACAGAGUCUGCAUUCCAAACACUUAAAAUACACACCCUAUUCCCUCACCCUCAAAUGAAGUGUACACAUAUGACCACCUAUCAUGACGUUUGACGUGUUUCCCCUUGCAGGGCAAGGGGCGAGGGAGAAAGGAAGUAAUGAUUUUUAAAUGGACCGCCCUUUCCCGGAAAUUCGUCACUUGUUCAGCACACGAUGAUUAUUUUUUAAGCCAGUAGAUUGUAUUUUCAACCAGCAACUAUCAGGAAAUAACUGAUUUAAAAUACAGUAUUUACAGUAUUAGUUUCAUAAGCUGUUGUACAGUAUGAACUUUAACUGCACUGGGCCUGUAAAGCCAUAUAGGGCUGAUAACUGUUCAGUGUCUCCUGUCCACUCUCUUUAUCAGAAAUGCAGAAUAUGCGUCCCAAAUGACACCCUAUUCCUUAUCUAGUGCACUACUUUUGACCAGUACCCAUAGGGCUGUAGCGAAUAGGGUGUAAUUUGGGACAGAACCAUAAAGAUGCUGCUGCUUCGCCAUGGGGGACUGAUCACAUUAAUUUUGACACUGAUUGUUUACAGUGGCCCUCUGCUGCCAUGGAGAAAGGCAGAGACAACACAUGGUGGCAUCCAGUCACUAAUGAGGCUCUUUCUCACCAUACUUCAGAUCACAUCCCCUCUCCCAAACCAAAAUACACUCUGAUGAUGCUCUUUCUCACCCUACUUCACAUCCCGCCUCCCAAACUAAAAUACACUCUGAGAAAAGAGUGAAAAAAGAAAAACAGAGACAUUAAUAAUGCAGCGGUUGGCAUUUGGAUAACGUGUGCGUGUGUGUCUGUGUGUGUGAUGCCUUCACUGGAGCAUCACUACAUUACCGUAGCAGAGUAGUCAGCUUGCUGUGAGAGGAGCGGUGCAUGUGGGCGCUGUGGCAGGACCAAAUGGGAUUUACUAUUCUGAGCAAAGCACUGUGACAUUAAGGGAAAGUGUACAAUACAGGAGUCGGGAGGAAGGGCGAGAUACGUUCAAUGGGUUAUCAGAUGGCUUUGAUACUGUAGCAUUAUACACAGCACCAGUGGAGGCUGCUGAGGGGAGGACGGCUCAUAAUAAUGGCUGCAAUGGAGUCAAUGGAAUGGUAUCAAACACAUGGAAACCAUGUAUUUGACACCAUUCCACCUAUUCCGCUCCAGCCAUUACCACGAGCCCGUCCUCCCCAAUUAAGGGGCCACCAACCUCCUGUGCACAGCAUACGGCAUGGUCAUUCUGUUGGUCUUUCCCUGUUCUGCCUUAGUGAGUGGGACGUUACUGUGAGGGCUACAAUGACUGAAUGACUGGUUGCUCUUUUCUUGUCCUAGUGAACAAAGUGAACAUCAGUCAUCGGACUUUGUGAAGAGGAUCCCUGCGACUAUAGGUCAGAGUUUGCUUCUUGGAUGCAACACUAUGAAUGGGUUAGAGAGCAGAGUGUAAGAGUUAGUGGUGGUCACCAGAGCAGAAACAUAUCAAGGUCUGGGAUGCGAAGCGGAGAGAGCUUCUGUGAAUAUCGUGACAGGGACAUGGGAUGUCUCUGACUGUGCAGCGAAAUCAACAUGACUUUCAUUCUGCCCUCAGUCUGGUAACAAGUGAAGACGUCGUCCAGCUUGUCGCAGCAUCCGGCACCCAAUAAAAAGAGAAAGAGGGUGGAACAAAGGGAGAAGAGAGAAAGGGAGAGACAGUGGUAUGAUGUGAAGGAGACAAGAAGAAUAAGCGAGAGAGAGAGAGAAAAGGAGAGACUAGAGAGGUAAAGUGGGGAAGAGAGAAGAAAGAAACUCACAUUUUUACAGAUGGAUCUGGGCGUGCUCAAGACUCUGGAGAGAGAGAAGAUUCUGGAGGUUCUUCAGAGAGACAAACUUUUACGCAGCACGGAUAACGACAGGAUAAGGAGGCUGAAGACGGAGCUACAGGAGAUCCGAAGGAAAGGUGCCAAGAGUUUUGCCCGGCAGUACAGCGAAAGGACGUGCGCCCGCUGUCAGAGGCCGCUGGGAAUGUUCUGGAACUCGGGCGCCGUGUGCCGAGGCUGCAGCCACCGCAUCUGCAACAAGUGUCGCGUGGGCGUGUCCGCCCUGCACUGGAAGUGUACCGUCUGCCACGCCUACAGGGAGGUUAAGAUCAGAUCCGGGGAAUGGUUUUUGGAAGAAAGGGACAAGAAAUUUCCACCUGACACAGAAAGGCAUGAGACUGUUGGGGAGAAACUACUAAAGUCUUACCAGAGGUUGAGUCAUAUAACAGUCGUUCCGCCAACCCCUCCACCCUAUUACGAUGGUCCAUCCUUCAGCAGAUCAGGGGGACUGAAGAAUUCCUUUAAAAAACCAUUCACCAAGUCUAUGGAGGACCUGAUGGUUUCCCUCACCAGCCACAUGAGAAGGUUCUCCAGGUCGCAACAGGAUGUACGAGGGGAACAGGAUCUUCUUACAGUGGACAACAGGCGGGGACAGAGCACUGGCUGGAAAAGCCUCUCUGAAUCAAACAUCAACAAAUACAACAAUACACAACCUCUCUCCUCAAAGCUUACCAAAGGUCCCAGUCUUACCAACCUGUUCAAGAAGAGCCGGAAUGAUGACCAGAGCAGUGCCUCGUCAGGGGCGGAUGAGGACCUUUCCCUGGGCUCAGAGUACUCAUGGGGAAAGAGGGGCAGUAGUGCUAGUAGCACUGGUACAGACUGUGGUCUCUUGGAGAUCAACAGAGUGACAGGGGAGCUAAAGCUCGCCAUCACCUUCAACCACAUCACUUCCUGCCUGGAGAUCACAAUAAACGGCUGCAGAAACCUGGCGUAUGGAGAUAUCAAGAGGAAGAAGUGUCACCCGUACGUCAAAGUCUACCUACUGCCGGAGAAGUCUCAGAGCAGCAAACUGAAGACAACUAUCAAGAGGAACACAACGGAUCCCAUUUAUAAUGAAAUUUUACAGUGCAAGAUUGAGAGCCCCUUGUUGUCCAGGAGUACUCUGCAGGUGUCUGUGUGGCACUCUGCGACCCUGAAGAAGAAGGUGUUUCUGGGAGAGGUCCUCGUCCCACUGGAGGGCUGUAUAUUUGAGGACAGCACCACCCAGGGCUCCAACUGGUACCCCCUGUGGCCAAAGCCUGAGAGUCCAGAAGGGAGUGCAGUAGAGCAGGAUACAGCAGGAGAACUGCUGGUCAGAAUGAAGUUCACCUCCUUGUCCCAGCCAUCCUGGGUUUGCCACACAGAUGAGGUUCAUAUUGGACCACAUGAUGUUGGUCAACUCACUGUUCUCAUCACUGGUGCCAAAAAUCUGCCCACUAAAGCAAACACCAGUCAGAACACCUAUGUGAAAGGGUGCUUGACUCUUCCCGGGCCCAGGGAGCUGGUCCAGAGGACCCCUGUCCUGAAGAAGCCCAGUCCGGCGUGGUUUCACCAGCUGCUCUUCAGCAGAGUCACGCCCUAUGACCUCCAGAUCUGCACUCUGGAGCUUGACCUCUGGGACCACGCCCCAUUUACCUUCUCAGACCGCCUCCUGGGCUGGGUCAGAAUGGAAGCCGGGUCAUCAUGGCAACUGGUGCUGCAGACACCCAACAUGUGGCAUGACUUUAGUUUACCCAUGCAGGCCAACAUCAACAGCAGGAGAACAUGAUGUCAGAGUCAACAGAAAAAAAGCCCCUGGACUGGACACGGUCUUCCCACAAGAAAAACCUUGGCACUUUAAGGGCUCUAUUCAAUCCACAUCGCAGAGAUUCAGCGUGACUGAAAUUUAAAGGCAAUGCUCCCGCGUUAGCGAAUUCUGCAUUUAUGGGAAACGUUGCGGAUGUCGGCUCAAUAUGAAAUGACUUUUACAUUUCAGCAAUACAGACUGAAUAGAGCCCCUACUCCACCUUUAGCUCUAUUUGCACUGACCCUCAGGCCCUUGCUUAGUGAAAGUCCCUCCUAUUUAUGUUCAAUUGAUGACCUUUAAUGUAUUAAAAGGAUGUCCUACUCCAAAAGGAAACCUAUUGUUCUUUAUUACUGUUUUUAAAGGGACAUUCCACUCAAAUACAACCCAACAUGAUUUUUCCACUUUCCUUGGGAAAUGGCCUACAACUAAGGUAUUAAAGUGGAAAAUCAUGUUAAGUUGUAUUUUGAGGGGAAUAUUCCUUGUGCUUUAAGCAUGCUCACCUGAUAACAUUAAAUGUCUGAGAAAGUGACUGUCUACAACAUAAGAAAACAUGUGGUUGUCUCAUUCUUUCUUAGUUUCUUCUUGUCCUUUCUGUUCAUGAGUUUCUGUAACCCCUAGCUAACGUUUUUCCCUCAAGUCAGAAGAUCAGGAAGCAGAAAGUGAAAACACAGUAUGAAGCUGUAAUCAUAGAUCUUUAUUGCCAAUAUGCUAAACACCUCAUUAUAAAAUCCAGUUGAAAUAAAGAACAGCGGGCCAGCGGCAGCAUUGUGUGUUGUUUUGGUUAUAGUGUCAGUAAAAACCCAGUCUAGUACACAUCCACAGAGAGGGAACGGUGAGACUGUAUUCACGGUAAACGCUGCAUGUGUCGGCUCAAUCGGAAAUGACCUUUAAGUUUCUAAAACGCAAUCUGUAACGCUUCAGUGAAGCAGACUGAAUAGAGUCCUAAGUGUUUUUGUAUAAGCACUUUUCUCCUGGAGAAGAUGCACGUAUGCCUCGGAAAUGCUGCUGCUAGCUACUGUGAACUGCAUGGCAAAAUGCUGCUAGCUACCGUGAACUGCAUGGCAAAAUGCUGCUAGCUACCGUGAACUGCAUGGCAAAAUGCUGCUAGCUACCGUGAACUGCAUGGCAAAAUGCUGCUAGCUACCGUGAACUGCAUGGCAAAAUGCUGCUAGCUACCGUGAACUGCAUGGCAAAAUGCUGCUAGCUACCGUGAACUGCAUGGCAAAAUGCUGCUAGCUACCGUGAACUGCAUGGCAAAAUGCUGCUAGCUACCGUGAACUGCAUGGCAAAAUGCUGCUAGCUACCGUGAACUGCAUGGCAAAAUGCUGCUAGCUACUGUGAACUGCAUGG